AUGGGCGUGGGCGGGUUUCUGGAGCCACUGGUCGUAAUCGUCCUACUGUUUGGCGGUGCAUGGAUCAAUCGUGCCACCGACUUCCCUUCCUCCUCUGCGGGAUCGAGAGCCGGUAAUCCGUUAUUACCUGAGGCUCACGCGGUAGAGACUGGCGAUGAUCUGAAUAUCGCAGAAGCACAGCUCACACAAUCUAAGAGAUCUUUGUCACCCUCUUUACUACCUUCACAGGAGACACGAUGGCGCCAACGUGAGGUACGGGUUAUGGGAUACAAGACAGUGGUCGAGACACCGAAUACAGCAGUCUUCAGAAAUCGCCUGCUGAGUCGUUUGCUGCAUAAAUUCCCUUUCCUUGUUGAAGCCUGGUACUGGGCAUUGAUAUACUGGGUGUAUCAACUCGGUCGCGCAUUCACUGCUCUCACGCUUGUUGAGGGUACCGUCCACGUCGCUCGUCGACAUGCCUUACAGGUGAUCGAAAUUGAAAAGAGACUGCAUAUUUUCUGGGAGUUGCCAAUUCAAGAGUUCUUCAUGAGCUUUCCUCGCCUGAUGACCUAUAUCAAUUGGCUGUAUUCCUUCAUUCACAUACCCGGCACCAUUGCAUUCCUCGUUGGAUUAUACUACUAUACUAUCACGAGUAAUCGUCCGCUUCUCAGACGACAAGCAUCUGGGCAAAUAAAUCGAUGUGGGGUUUCUGCAGCCGGACCUGCAUUAUACGAAGCCAGACGACGCACUAUGGCGGUAUGUAACCUGCUUGCAUUUGUGGUCUUUACAGUCUGGCCCUGUAUGCCACCUAGACUGUUGAGCGAUCCCAAAUACACCGGUCCUGGUGCCGAAGAAGCCAAGAGCUAUGGUUUUGUGGAUACCGUGCACGGAAAGGACGGUGCAAGCAGUGUUUGGACGCAGAAUAAAUUCUGCAAUCAAUAUGCCGCAAUGCCAUCCCUCCACUUUGGCUACUCUCUUCUUGUCGGCUUAACAAUCAUGACAAUUCCGCUAGCACCUGAACAUCGUCGCAGCAGGUCCAUACACCUGCCUUUAUUCAACAAUUCCCACCCGGAGCUUGCCCCUCGCAUAAGAUUACCUAGCACAAGACGGCUAUUGUGUCUAGUCCUCGGCUUUUCUUAUCCUUUUGCGAUUCUGGUCGCGAUCGUAAGCACGGCCAAUCAUUUCAUCCUGGACGCCGUUGCAGGCGCUUUGAUUUGCGCGAUUGGAUGGAAAGGCAAUAUGAUACUCUUGAACCUAUUGCCACUCGAAGACUGGUUCCUUUGGGCGGUCAGAAUCCAUAAACCUGUGCACGCGUCGAUGGAGGAGAAAGGGUUUGGGAAUCCAUUUGGGUCGAGUUCUAAGGGAGGCUGGAGCCCGGCACACCCUACUGGUGCUUAA